CUCCGAAGAAUCCCGUGAUAUUAGGACCAAGCGGCGAUGCUGUGCAUAUUCAUUAGUUUCCAACUAUGGCGGAUCCAUCUUGGUUACCUUCAUCAUUUCAAAUACUGAAGAAAGUCAGUGGCUAUAUUUCUGGAAUUGUAAACUCAGAAGAAGAACUGGAAAACCUGCUUGAAAACCACAAACGAGCCACGCUGACUUCUUUCAACACGUGGUCCCGUGGCUUGAAAGACUCUAGCAAACUGAGAACACUUUGGCAAGUGGAGGACUACUCUGACGAUACUCCCCUUUGUGUUACAAAGAGAGUCAUUCUGACCUGUCAACAUGGCAAAGCACCUUCUAAAAAAACUUCUACAGCUAAGGAUCAUUCUCUGGAAUAUGCAAAUACCAAAAAGAGGUCCCGUGUCCAAAGAGUGAAGAAAUUGGACUGUCCAGCAAAACUCUUCAUUCGCUAUGUGAAGAGGUAUGACACAUUUAGUGUUAAAGGAGACGGCUCCAGAGCCAGAAAAGAAGAUGCCAUGAAAAGGCUGAAGCAAGAAUUAGCCCGCACAAACCCACCAACUACAACAUUUAUCCAUGUCAAAAUUCCUCUUGCUGAAGCUCACCAAAACCACACCACUGACUUAGGAUGUUGCCAGUCAAGACGUAUCCACCCAAAAGUGAGAGACAAAAUCCAUGAGAUGGUAGGACGGGGGAUUACCUCUGUCGAAUUUGUGAAAAGAGCCUUGAAGCAAUAUGUGUUGGCAGAUCUGUGUGCACACGACCUGUGCAAACCCCACGAAGAAGACAAGGCCUACUUCCCAUCUAAAAUUACCAUCCAGAACCAUAUCCACCUGGCUAUAGUGUCGGGCCAUUUCUCCGCUCUUGGCCAGGAAAUCAUGGUGGAUGGAGACGGAGAUGACGAGAGCGUGGCUGAUGGAUACACAGAAGACGAAAAUAUGGUGGAUGGAAACGAAGGAGGACGAAAAGAUGACAUCGUGGAGGGAUACAGAGAAAAGAGCACAUCCCAAUGCAUCAAAUCAGCAAAACUUGCGUUCAGAAAGGAACUAAAAAAGUUAAAUGACUAUUCUUAUUUAUGUGAAGACCUGGAGACUUUGGAAAGUUCAACUGAAGUACUAAUUAAUCUUAGAAAAUCUUUUGCAACAAAGUGUAGGGGAGAAAAAAUAAAGACAAAAAGCUAAGUAAAAGUAAAGCAUUCCUGUAAUAUGCAUAGGGUGCGAAGAAACGAGAAUGUGCAUGAGGGACACAACAGUGUUUGCACACAGAGGUUUUUUUGAAGUCCUCAGAAUUGACACAAGGUUAUCAGAGCGUUUUCAAAAGCAGAUAAAUCUUUGUUGUUUUAGAUAAAGAUUGUUUAGGCCAAAGCAAAGUUUAAUGAAAGUGAUUCAGAAGAAAAGUGGAUCUAUAUCACUUUAUUUCAGUUUUGUGUGCGUUUGGUUCAUAUAU